GAAUACUGUUAAGGAGUUUAAGCCUAUUAGAGAAUCACAUAAUCGCCUGCAAGGAUGGACGAAGAAUAUGAUGCCAUCGUGUUAGGAACUGGGCUGAAGGAGUGUAUCCUGUCCGGCCUGCUGUCCGUCUCUGGGAAGAAGGUGCUGCACAUCGACCGCCACAAGUACUACGGCGGCGAGUCGGCCUCCAUCACGCCUCUCGAGGAGAUGUUCGACAAGUUCGGCUUGCCCAAGCCGGACGAGUCGUACGGCCGCGGCCGGGACUGGAAUGUGGACCUGAUACCCAAGUUUCUGAUGGCCAACGGGCAGCUGGUGAAGCUGCUGAUCCACACAGGCGUCACGCGCUACCUGGAGUUCAAGUCGGUCGAGGGCAGCUACGUCUACAAGGGCAACAAGAUCUCGAAGGUGCCGGCCGACGCCCAGGAGGCGCUUAGCUCGGACCUGAUGGGCAUGUUCGAGAAGCGGCGCUUCCGUAGCCUGCUGGCGUUCGUGCAGGACUUCCGCGCCGACGACCCCACCACGUGGAAGGGGCUCGACCCGAACACGUCGCCGAUGAGCGCCGUGUUCGAGAAGUUCGGCGUCGACGAGAACACGAUCGACUUCACUGGCCACGCGCUGGCGCUGCACAGGAAUGACGACUACAUCAGCCAGCCGUGCGGCACCACCAUCGCGCGGAUCCGACUCUACAGCGAGUCCCUGGCUCGCUACGGCAAGUCGCCCUACCUGUACCCCAUGUACGGGCUGGGCGAGCUGCCGCAGGGCUUCGCCAGGCUGGCGGCCAUCUACGGCGGCACGUACAUGCUGGACAAGGCGGUGGACGAGAUCGUGGUGGAGGACGGCCGCGCCGUCGGCGUCCGCUCCGGCUCCGAGGUGGCCCGCUGCAAACAGGUCUACUGUGACCCAAGCUACGUGCCCGACCGCGUGACCAAGUCCGGCCAGGUGGUGCGCUGCAUCUGCCUGAUGGACCACCCCAUCCCCAACACCAAGGACGCGCUCUCCACGCAGAUCGUCAUACCGCAGAAGCAGGUCAAUCGGAACUCGGACAUCUACAUAUCGCUGGUGUCUUACACACAUCAGGUGGCCGCCAAGGGAUGGUUCGUGGCCAUGGUCUCCACCACCGUGGAGACGAACAACCCGGAGGCCGAGAUCAAGCCCGGCCUGGACCUGCUGGGACCCAUCAAGCAGAAAUUCCUGACCGUGUCGGACCACUUCGUGCCGGCCGAGGACGGCACCAGCUCGCAGAUCUUCAUCUCCAGCUCGUACGACGCCACCAGCCACUUCGAGACCACGUGCCUGGACGUGCUGGACAUCUUCCGGCGCGGCUUCGGCUGCGACUUCGACUUCUCGAAGGUGACGCACACCCUGGAGGACGACAAGUAGACGGCGCUGCUGGUCGCCGCGUCCCGCGCUCGCGCGCUUGCACCGCACCCUUCUGGCGGCCACCCGGCCGCGGCGGCGGCGUCCGCCGGGCCACCGACACCCUAGUCCGGUUGUGCACAGGUCUGUGAUCGCCGCGGGCGGAAGACGAAUCGUCCGCACUCAGAAGUCAGUAGGUGGACCCGUUCGGCUCGAUUCUAGGCACAUCCGCCAUCUAUUUUGACUUCUUUUCGGUGGUGUCGAGUAUUGCAAAGGCGCUUAUCAUAUGAUUUUAUUGCACGGCUGUACCGGCCUGGUGCGUUGACGUAUCGAAUAUGUGUGGUGUUGAAACUAUUAUUGUUUGGGCGUUUCUGGGCGCUACGUGUCUAUGUCUGUCAACGGCAUUGGAGAGGCAUCUGGCUUGGAUGACGCUACUACCCCAGCGCUGCGGGGCCUUGGUAUUGGCAUUCCAAUAAACUAAAUUGGCAUCUAA